CGUGCUAUAAUUAAAUUCUUGCAUUUGAAAGGCAAUACGUCUACGCAAAUUAAAGCCGAGUUGGACGCUGUUUACGGGGACUCUGCCCCAUCAUUUGCCACCGUGAAAAGUUGGGUAGCUGAAUUUAAACGUGAUCGUACCAGCUUGGCUGAUGAUGAGCAUUCGGGACGGCCAAUAACUGCGACCACCACCGAUAACAUCGAAGAAAUUCGUCAAAUGAUAAUGGACAACCGUCGAAUUAAGAUUAGGGAGAUAGCAGAGGCUGAUGGCAUAUCAAAAGAACGUGUUUGUCAUAUAUUGACUGAAGAAUUAGGCAUGUGUAAAUUAACCGCGCGUUGGGUGCCGCGCUUGCUCACUCUGGAUCAAAAACGCAUUCGAAUGAACAUUUCUAAGGCCCUGUUGGAGCGGUUUAAGCGAAACGAGUCGGAUUUUUUGCGUCGAUUAAUAACGGUUGAUGAAACUUGGAUCCACCACUUCACUUCUGAAACGAAAGAACAAUCAAAACAGUGGACUGCGAAGGGUGAUCCUGCUGCGAAGAAAGCGAAGACGGUUUUAUCGGCUGGAAAGGUGAUGGCGACUGUUUUUUGG